UCCAGCUCUCCAGAAACCACUUAUGAUUCCAUCCGAUCUAAGACUUGGAGACAGAGCCGAUAUCAUUUGCACCCUCAGGAGAGGAGAUCUUCCAGUCACUUUCAAAUGGUACUUCAAUGGCAGGGAGAUUAGAGGAGAGGAACUGGGAAAAGUCACCUCUUACGAUGUCAGAUCCUCGGUGUAUCUAAUAGACAAACUAAAAGCUGGAAAUGUUGGCAACUACACAUGCAUGGUAUCCAAUGUAGCUGGCUCUGAUACAGCAUCUGGGCAACUUCUUGUUGAAGUUCCUCCCGUGUGGGUAGAAGAACCGACUGAUGCUGAAGUUGUUGUGGGAUCUCAAAUCCUCCUCACCUGUGCCGCCACCGCUCACCCUACUCCCCGAAUCACCUGGAGGAAAAUACAAGGAGAUAAUAGUAAUCGUCCAACUCCUGGAGUAGGAAAUAGUGAAGAAGCUCCAGCCAAUUUCAUGUACAGUAGCCCUAGGUGGACAGUAUCCGGCAAUGGAUCUAUGAUAAUAUCUCAAGCACAAGAAUCAGACGCCGGAGUUUACGUUUGUCAAGUAGAAAAUGGCAUUGGAACUGGAUUAACUAAAAACAUUGCCCUGAAAGUAAAUGUGCCACCCAAAGUUUCCGUGCCUAAAGGUCAGCUAGCCAUUCGUAAGGGAGAAUCAGCGAGGUUAGUUUGUGACGUCAUCGGCGAUGGUCCAAUCAAUGUCAAGUGGGUCAAGAAACAAACUGUCAUCGAAAUUCAUCCCGGCUCCAGAUUCGAAGCAAAUCAGCGUCGUUCGAAUCCUGCCACAUACACGAAAUAUGAACAGUACAAUUUCGAACUUCUUAUUCGGGACAGUCAACAAAUUGAUGCAGGAUUGUACACUUGUAUUGCAAAGAAUGAUUAUGGUGAACACAAAGGAGAAGUCACUCUCGAUGUUCUAGAACCUUCAGCAUCUCCGAGAGGAGUACGCAUAACGGAAAUCACCAGUCGCUCAACUAGAGUGUCUUGGCAACCCCCUUUGCCCAGCAACAGCCACGUCCUCAAAUAUCACGUCCGAUACUGGAAGAAUGGAGGAGCAACUGGUAAACAACUUCAUCAAGUGGUUCUGGGAGGUAGCGAACUGGCCACUUAUUUGGAGAAUCUCCAUCCGGGCACUUCAUACUCUGUCCAAGUGCUCGCAGAAAAUGGUGUUGGACUGAGUGAACCCUCUCAAGCGAGACAACUUCAAACAAAAGAAGAAGCUCCUAGUGCUGCUCCAACUGAUGUUCACGCCCACUCAAUAGGAUCAAAAUUAAUAGAAAUUACCUGGAAGCCACCGCCUGCGGAAACAUGGCAUGGUGUCUUAAAAGGAUACUACUUGGGAUAUAAAGUGAGUUCCUCUCCAUUGGCAUAUGUCUAUCACACGACAACAGAUCCAAAUGGUAGACGAUUCAGAAUCAAAGGACUCCAGAAAUCAACCACUUAUCAUGUCGUGGUCAAGGCAUACAACAGCGUAGGAUCUGGACCUGAAUGCCAGCCAAUAGAGGUCAAGACACGGGAGAGUGAUCCACCAUAUCCUCCUAGUUUCAUAAUUACAGACGUUACAUCAUCCGGAGCUAUAGUUCAAAUGAAAUCGGAAGAAAUGUCUCCAGUUUUACAAUAUAUUGUAGAAUAUCGUCGUCACAAUGAAGAUUGGAAUCCCGUUCACGUACCCCGAGAUAAAUCGUUCUUCCAGCUCAGUCGUCUAGAAAAUUCCAUGACAUAUGAAGUACGAUUGGCAGCUUACAACGAACAUGGACGAGGGGAGUUUUCUUCUACUUUAUCAUUCACCACAACAGAGCGAGAAACCAACAUCGGCUUCCGAUCAUCAGAAGAAGAUAUUCCUUUCUAUUUUAGACAUUAUUUUGUGCUUCCUGUAGCAGCCUCCGUAGUCGUCAUCGUCACUACAAUUGUAUUCGCCUGGGUCUGCUACAAAAGGGUUGUAUUCAGACAACACAGGCACCUGGUCCUUCAGCAACAACUUGCCGGGCAUCUUCCUGAUGGUCAAUUAACCCUACAUCGUGACGGAUAUAUUCGUCCUCCAACAUACAGCCCUCCCUCCAGUCGACGAGGUGUUGUUACUUCGACGUCCAUUGUAGGUAUCUUGAAUCCUGGUGAUGGGUAUGAUGCCCCAUGGGAUGUCAAGAAGCAACAACAGCUACAACAACAGCAACAGGUACAGCUUUUAGCGCCUGAGGACACUGCAGCACGACAAAAUCACAUUGAAUAAAAAUAUACGUUCACUUCAUUGCUGAAACGAUCAAAAAUGAACAAUGUAAAUGUUAAAUGAUGAUUUUAGAACUUACAAGUUUUCUUUUUUCUUGAUGUCAAAAUUUUUAAAAAUUUAGAUUCUUCAUUACUCUUAUCAUUCAGAUUAAAAAAGUCUUUCAAAAAAUUAUUGGUAAGUUAUUGGAGAAAGUUAAGUAAAGUUUUAUAUACAAAAAGAAUAUAAAGCAUUUUAUUAUUAUCUUGUUAAUUAAAUCGCUACGAAAUUGUUAUCAAAAUCAAACAUUAACAAACAAACAAAUUGUUGUCAUUUCUGAGACACGCUACGCUUUGAUGUUAUUUGAAUAUUAAAGGAUAUUAUUGUUAUACUCGUUAAAAUUAUCGGUGUGAUUUUUACAAAUUUAUGUUAUAAAUUUUCGUUUGUCUAUGAUCAGAGUAUCAUAAAUGUAAGAAAGAAAAUGUUGCUGCCUGAUGUUAUAAAUGUACCUUCCUAACUUUUAACACGUAACUUUCCUACGACCAGCUUGGUGUGACAAGAAAUUCACAAUGAUUUGGUUUUCCAUCUUUUUUCUCAGGUAUUUACAAUCUACUCUCAACGGUAUAUAGGAUAUUAAAGAAACAGUCAUCUUUUUAACAUUCUUACUGUCACUGUCUGAAUGUUAAAAAGAUGACUAUUCCUUUAAUAUUUUAAUAUCUUAAAAUGAUUAUCUAAUUCCAAAGCUGAUUGAUUACAGAUAAGAAUUACGAGUAAUCAAUUGCUUUUAAUUGUGAUUACAACCAAUCAUAAUUUGGAUUUCAAUUAUAGUCUCCAUUAUGAGUAAUUAUGAACAACACUUCGAUAUGAACACACUUCAUUGCAAGUAAUUAUGAUUAAAGAUUUGUAGCAAUCAUGCUAAGAAUCUGUGAUUGCUAGCAAUCAAGUAAUCAUAAGUCACUAUUACAGUAACACUAAUUACUUGGCAUUGCAAAGUCAAAAUUGUGUAUUUACUAAAAUUUUACUUUUAUUUUACUAUUCUUAUCAAAUCUUACUAUUAUUUAAAUUUUACUUCGAUUAUUUUACUAAAAUAUUACUUUUAUUGAAAUUUAUUCUAUGUAACAUGACAUUUAUUCUAUGUAACAGGAAAUAUAGUUUUAUGUAAAAAUAAUUUUCAACAGAAAUCUUAAUACUUUAAAUCGCUAUAAUAAGUAAUCAAUUCAGUUAUAAUCGCGGUGCAUGACUAUACAAUUACGAGCAUGGUAAUUAUUAUUUCUUGUAAUCAUUGAUCACAAUUACAAAUAGUAAUCGCGGCAUAUGAUCAUAAUUAUUAUAGUAAUCAUGACAUGUGAUUACCCAAUCAAAAUUAUGAGCAAUUGAUUAUAGUGCAAUCCUUAUCUUAAUUAACAGAGUUAUAAUUGAUUUUUAUAAUUGACGCUCGAUUCUGGGAUGACAAUGAAUGAGGCUUAAAAUAACAUUUUGUAGUCUCGUGCAACAGCAAAUUGUUAAACGAGUAUUGCAGAGUUAUUUUUAUUUUUCAUGCCUGAUCUAUUUAAAGCAAUUUAAUUUAACAAUUUAGAACUGUAAUUAAAAAAUCCUGUCAUACAGAUAAAAUAUCAAUUAAGAGAAAAUAUUUAUUGCUUAUUCAACGCAUUUUGUAUCAUGUCGGAACAAGAAAAUCGAACAAAUUGGACCAAUAUUUAAAUUGAGUUCAACACUUGCUGUUUUUAAUUGGUAACGUUUUCAGGUGUUUUAUGUUUUAAGCAGAAUAAUUUUAACGACAUUCCAUAAAGUUUGAUUGGAAUUAAAAUCAAAUGCCAAAUUGUAAAUAAGUUUAGAUGAAACUAUGAAUGUAUUUGUUAAUGACUAGGUCUUCCUUGAUACAGAAGUGCUGUUAUUUUGGCACUUAAAAUAACCUUUAAUGAAGCACGAGGUGUGCUUUCCUUGUAGCUUAUCUUCCAUUUGUGAAAGAUAAUGAAAUAGAAGAAAAAGCAACUUAGAAAAAAAAUUAUGAUAAAUUGAUUAAGUUUAAACCUUAGUUUUAAUGUGCCCUUUUUCCUUAUUUCCCAUUCAGUCUGUCUGUCAAUUUCUCUCGACCAAAAUAUCAAAUAAAAGGUAAAAUGAAUUGUUUGAACUUGUAUCGAUAUUUUUAUCGAUACAAGAUACCCUUUGUAUCGAUAUUUUUAUUCUACAUAGAACUGAAUGAAGAUACGUGCUUAUGUGAUCCUAAAAAACUGAAGAGGUAAGAUAUUACUUGAUUAAAAACUUUCUUCGUUUCCAAAAUAUACAAAUUGGAAAUAACAAUCGACAUAUUCAAUCUUGAUGCUCUAGAAUCUUAAUUUUUCAUAUGAAUGCUGAUUCCCUUGUGAACGACAUUAGUUCCUCGCCAACUCUUCAUAGCGCAUGGAAAUGCUCUUUACCCUAAUCCCCCCCCUCCUCUGUUUUUUUUCUUCCUGUCCUGGGUAUCAUUUUCUUUUUUUUUUCUUUCUUUUUUCUUGUCUCAGCUACUGUGGUUUCUCAAGUUUCGUUUCUCUUCAUUAGUUUUCGAUUUUUCGUUGACAAUUUUACGUUUUAUAUUUUAAAUCACUUUUGUUUCUAAGUAAUUUCUGGCAAAUCUUGAAAAUGGGAGUUUAUUUUUGAUUUCUUGAAAUAUGUGAACUGUAUACUUUUUUAAACGAAUGAAGUUUUUAAUCAAGUAAUAUUGUGAACGCUCUUUCUCACUUUCCACUAUCGUAAAGUUACUCAUAAGUUGGGAUAGACAUAAAUAUUUUCUAAGUUGCUCUUUCUAAUAAUGGAACUGUGGACAUAUCCAUCAACCAUGUCAGAUGUGAGUGAAUUGUUUUACAUGGAAUGUUCUGUAAUAACUCACACAUUUUUAAGAAUUCCUUGCACAAAGUUUAUACAGCUGUUGUCUUUUGCUCGCUCAUAGUUUUGUUACUUUUAUAAUUUUGAUACUGACUUUAAUGUAAUGUUUCAUAUUGUGUCAUAUACAUGGGAACAAAUACAUUGACCACGGUGACUAUCUUUCAUUAAUCCAAUAAACACUUCCAUGAAAUUCGGAUAUUGUUGAAUAAUUGAAAGAUGAUAUUCUGAAGUUAUG